GGAACAAGCAGAAGAGACGGGCUCGGUAAAAGACAAUCAGGCGAGCUUGUCAAUAAGAUCUUUUAAUAAACUUUUAAUAAAUUGGAUCAAAUAGAUCCAAAAAAUCUACUAUCAAAAUUCAGCCAGUAUUAUUUGUAUUGAACUAUGCGCACAUAUUCUUCGUAUUCGAGGGGCGCGAUGCUGCGGCGACAGUGCGAUCCAACCAAUGUCGUACGAAGGUUAUUCAAUUCUAAAUCCCGAAGGAGUUUAUCUGUCGCAUCCAUUUUGCAUACUCAUGAAAAGACUGUUGGUGGAUUUCUGACUUGGCUGAAGGACAUCUUUAAUAAAUCCGCAGAGGAUAAAAGCCGCAAGGCUGACACCGCGAACGUCGUUCGUGCAGCAACGGCAACAACAUUCAAUCGAUCAGAAAUAGCGGCUCCCAUGCGGCCGGCGGACACCUCAGACAAGGUCGAUGUCGUUAAUCAAAAACUGGCUAACUUUUGCGCGGCGCAAUCGACGACGAGGUCCGAGUAUGGGAACAUCCGUGCUGAGAAGCGUGACGCGGCGAACGGCGGACGUGCGUGCACGAUUCAACAGUCGGCGAUUUACGCUGCGUCGCAGUCGAUUCGUUUUGCGGCUGGGAAAGCUUGCGAGCGCGGGAUCGAGCCCGACUCCUCGUGGCGCGAGGAUUCCGGCAAGAUGUAUCGAUCCGAGAGAAACGGCGGCGCGAUCGAAUUUGCGGCGAGGGACGAUCUCGAUGCGGCCUCGCAUUAUCGUUGUUACACGAGCCCGAGACACUGUUAUCGCCUGCCAUCGCAGCAGCGGACGAACCAACAGCCCACGUUGCUGGGAUUGUGCGCCCUGAAUAGAUACAUCGGCGUGUCAACGCGCGCGCUCGUGGGUUUCGGUCCUAAGAACUCGAAGCCGCCCAUCAGAGAGCCCAACGCGCCCGAAAAGCGCGAGAAGAAGGACGAGAGGAAGGACAAGAAGGAGAAGAAGAAGCCGGUAAUACGUACGGACGGCGAAUCCGUAUCCGUCGAUAGUAGCGAGAACCGUGCGGAGAUGGUGGCGGACGAUAACCCGCGGAGCGACCCCGACGUGGUGUUUCGUUACGAGUGGGGCGUGAAACUCGCCGAGGAACAACCGGCCGCCGAGGCGGGGAACGAUAACGAUAAGUUCGCCGAAAAGGGCCAGCAAUACGUCACGAAGCGGCUUUGGGGAGUGAACCUGAAACAGCCGAAGUCGGAUAUCGCUCCGCCGGCGACCGCGAGUUCCGGGCGAGGAAGCGCGGGGCAGCCUCGAAACGCCUCUUCGAUCGUCGAGAGUGGCGAUACCACGGCCGUAAGGAGCGACGCUGUCCCAGCGCCGAGCGAUUCGCCGAAGAAGUCGGACGCGUCGAGCCUGAGAGAUACGACCGCGGAGUACCUCUCGACUCCGUCGCGUCAGACCGGCUUGAGCGAGGAUUUUAUUGCGGCGCGACCAGAUAGCGGUGACGCGAGCUCGUAUAUGACUUCUACAGAGCUCCGAGAAACUAUGAGAACAUCCCCGAACACGGUGACGGAGACGAUAAUCGUCGAUAACGAGUACAAUAUUCCGGAAGAAGCGGCCUCGGAUGCCGAGAUCACCGCUUGGCAGAAUCUCGCGAUGAAGUCAAUCCCGGACGUCAGGGAGAAUUAUCUGUCAGCGGAUAACGUGGAGAACCUGGAAAUGGUAUCUAUCCGUCCGGAAGCGCCACAGCCCAAGUUGGACGUGCAAAUUGUAAGGUCCAACGAGGACGACUUGAAAGACAAAGAGCCGUCGGACUUCGAACAAGUGCCUCCGAUAUCUGUAGGGAUUAAGCCAGUUGGGUCUCCGCGAAAAUCGAAAGAUUACUCUAUCAGCAAGAAAAUGCACACUAUGAGCACACAGAUUCGUCACGUGCAUCAACAUACGAAUAGCACCAGCCUACGACUUGUUGAAUCACUUUCAAGCCACCUUGCUCCUGUCAAUAAAAUUAUGCCGACGAAAUAUCCAGGAUUCGCGUCAGCCUUCUCUACGAAUCCUGAAGAUUCCGUGCCAGAGAAGACGCUCGAUGAGACAUCGAGGAAUAAACAACAGAUAGAUUCAAAGAGCCAAAAUGAGGGAAAGUCUAACGAACCCGAUUCGAAUGAUACAUCGAACAGCAACCGAUCUCUUUUAUCUGCUGAAUCUCAAACAGUUCCAAGUGGCGAUCAGGAGCGAGCGGACGCUGAUCUUGCAAAGACGUUAGACAUUAUCGCGGACAAGGAAAUGGAAAUUUCCAUCAACCAGUUGCAAAGUACUGGUCGUAAAGAGAAUCUCUCAGAUUCCAUCGCGUCUUCAGAAUUUCCGCAGAAGGAUAAAUCUCAUCAUAAAGAUGACGACGUACAGAAUGAAAAAACGGAACGUUACGAGGAGCCAUACGUCAAUUAUGCGGACUCACAUGACGAAGGCGCCACACAUGUCGAUUUCAACAAUCAUUCAAUCAACAGCGAUUCGACAGUGAAAUCGACUAAGGGAGAUUCAAGCGACAAUAGCACUACCUUUCACCCGAACGUUGACGACGAUCCGAGCAAGGAAUACAUCAUCGAUGGCGAUUAUGUACGAUUACCCGGCGAUCCUUAUCCGUACAGCAGGGAAAACCUGGACAAAUGGCGCGUGCCGCGUUCCAGAAAUCUCGUCUACAAGUCGUGGAAGCGGGAAACGUUCCGCUCUUCCGAUUCUCCCACCGUCAACGUGCGGUCAACCCUGAGGAACGCUAAUGACGCGUACGCAAACGCCGCCGGGGAGCCGCGCGUUUCUCACGCCGGUGAUGCGGUAAUGGAGACUUCAGGAAGCGGCGGCGGCGACGGCGGCGCGAGCGCAAGAAAGCAGACGGGACUGGCGAACGGAUUCCACGUGUCCCCUCGCGAUCAGCGGGUGGUGUCUGAUUGCCUGCGCGGCGACGCCGCGGACGCGCUGGGACUGCGGCAAUGGACGAAGGCCUUUUCGCGACUCGACGUCGGCGAGAAGAUAAACGAGGCGGCGCGAAGCGGCGACAACGCGCCGUCCCGCGCGCGUUACGAGUACGCGACGGAACACGUCGUUCAAUCAGACACGUGUACUUACGUGUACAUCGGCGUGCAUCCCGUAUGGACUCUCGGCGCAUCUUCUUCGGCCGAGCGGACGAACUAUCGACCCGCCGGGAUAUGCGUGCCUACUGGUCACGAACGCGGCCCCGGAGGCUGUUAUUUGACCACCGGCGAGAUCUCCGAAUCGUCGAGACCCCCCGGUCUAAUCAUUCAAAUCUGCCGGCCUAAUCGACGUUACGCCGUACGCACCGCAUCCGGUAUCCCUCAACCAAUGGGGGUGAACGGACCGGACUCUCCCUCUUUGAGUAUAGCGAGCAAAGGGAUAGGCUCGAAUCCGGCCGCCGCAUCGCACUACCGCGAUACCGGGGCCACCGGCUACCAUAUUGCGCUACUACCAUCGCCGAUAAUGCCCGCAGGUAAUGGCAGACCCCGUGGCCCUGAUUACCUUCGCGCUGGUGGAAGACACGCGGACGUAGUUUAG